AUGGAUGGCGAAUUGAGGAAUUGGUGUUUGGAAUACCUCGUUAGAAACUCAACCAUACAAACCAACAUCAUUAACAAACUCAUCUCUACAAUCUCAGUCUCCAACACCAAUCACCGCACCAAGAAAACAAUCAUCCUUAGAACCCUCGAAGACGCCUUGUCGGAAGCAUGUAUCCCAGAAUCUAUGCUCCAAAUUCUCGAGUAUCUUGAAGCAGGAAUAUCAAACCCUAGCUAUGGAAAAGCGGUAGAGAGGAUAUGGAAGGGUAGGGUUCAUGAUAUGCUGAGUGAGGGAAGUAGUUUUUUGGUAUCUGAUGAAUUGAAACAAUGGAAAAAUGAGAUUGAGAAUUCGCUUUUGGAUGUGAAAGUUAUGGAGAAGCUUGCUUCCAUGCCGAAUACUCGAAGAGACGCGAUUCGAAAGCUGCACGCUUUUUUGGCUGAAGCUUGGGAGAAUUUAGGUCCUUCUUUUCUUGAAUCAGUGGCGCAGAAUCAAUUGGAUGCGAGUUCGAGUGUGGGUGUCUUGCAGAUGAAUAAACAACAGGGGAAAGAAAUUCAGAAAGAGAAUGACAAGGUUGAUGCCAAGUUUACUACUACGGUGGAUGUUGAGGGGGUGAAUUUAUCAACCUCUUGUAGCAAAGAUGACUCUGUGCCGAUUAACGAGGUCCCGGAGAAUGGGGAAUCUCUUAAAUGCUGUUCUGUGGAGUUGCAAACCUUGGGCAAGGAUCCUGGUUUGGUAAUUGAGGACACGAAUCAGGAGCCACAGAUGGAAAAUCGGAGUACGGAUGCAAAUGUAUCCGAGCCACAGAUGGAAAACAUGAGUAUGGAUGAAAAUGUAGCCGAGCCACAGAUGGAAAACAUGAGUACGGAUGAAAAUGUAGCCGAGCCACCGAUGGAAAACCGGAGUACAGGUGAAAAUGUAGCCGAGCCACAGAUGGAAAACCGGAGUAUGGAUGCAACUGAGGCUAAUCUUAAUGAGACAGCUUCUGUCCAUCAGAGUGAUGCUCAGGAGACAGCUUCUGUCCAUCAGUGUGAUGCUCAGGAGACAACUUCUGUCCAUCAGAGUGAUGCUCAUCGCCCUAACUUGAUGGAACCCAAUACUACUGCUCGUAGUCACGAGUGGGAUGAUUCGAUAGAUGGCUUGCAAGGAGAAACAUCGCAUCAGACUAGCAAAUUUAGUUUGCCUAGUCCAAGGAGGAAGAAAGUUUCUCCAUUGAAGGCGUAUGAACCAAAAAACAUCACAAAAAGGAGAAGGCCGAAAAAAUGGAGUAAAUUGGAAGAGGAUACUCUAAGGACCGGAGUAAACAAAUUUGGUAGAGGAAAUUGGAAAUUAAUCCUUAACACUUAUACAUUUGAAGAGAGAACUGAAGUUGAUUUGAAGGACAAAUGGAGAAACAUGAUGCGGUAUGGAAGCCAAUGA